AUGAGGACAAUAAUUGACAAUGCUAAGAAAUUUCAGUGGAACCAAGUAAAAGAUGAUAAGGGAAAUGCAAUAGCACAGAGUAAGGCUCAGAUUGCCCUUCCAGAAGUUCACUACUUAGGAUUUUAUAUAAGGCAGGGGGAACGCCAGCUUUCAAACGAAAGAAAGGAAGCUAUCUGUCAAAUUCCUAUCCCAAGCAAUCGUAAACGGCUCAGGGCAUUUCUGGGUAUGGCAGGCUUCUGUAGGAUAUGGAUCCCAGAGUUUGGACUGUGGGCUAAACCCUUGUAUGAAUGUGUUAAGGGAGCGGAUCAUGACCCCUUUCACUGGUCCUCAGAAGCCGACAAGGCAUUUAAGGUUUUAAAAAGGAAACUGAUGGAAGCUCCAGCCCUGGGUCUGCCGGACCUCUCUAAGCCAUUCCAACUGUAUGUCCAUGAAAGGAAAGGAGUGGCCCUGGGAGUGCUUACUCAGUUAUUAGGCACCUGGAAACGUCCCGUGGCAUAUUUCUCUAAACAACCGGAUCAAGUUGCUAAGGGAUGGCCGGCAUGUUUGCGAGCGGUCGCAGCAACUGCUCUAGUGCUUGGGGAAGCCGAGAAACUGACACUGGGGGGAGCUGUGCAAGUGUAUAUUCCCCGUAUGGUCCAAGCCCUGCUGGAUACUAAGGGUGGUCUCUGGCUCACACAGGCUCGGGUUGCUCGGUAUCAGGCAAAGCUUGUAGAAAAUCCUGAAGUUACCUUACAGACCUGUCCCUCCCUUAACCCAGCGACCCUGUUACCGGAGACAGAGGAGCAGGAACACGACUGUUUGGAGGUCAUAGAUGCCCAAUAUUCUAGCCGCCCAGAUUUGAAAGAUCAACCCCUCCCAACUGCUGAUUAUGAGUGGUAUACAGACGGCAGUAGCACAGUUGUAAACGGGCAAAGGAGGGCCGGCUAUGCUAUUGUAUCUCUCCAUGAAACCGUGGAAGCAGAGGGUUUACCUGCUGGGACAUCAGCCCAGCUGGCUGAAUUGGUAGCCUUAACCCAUGCACUUGAACUGUCAAAAGGGAAAAGAGUUAACGUUUUUACUGAUUCCAGAUAUGCCUUUGGAGUACUACACGCCCAUGCUGGUCUAUGGAAGCAACGAGGAAUGUCGACAGCGCAAAACUCUCCUGUCAAACAUGGACCCCAGAUUCUCCGGCUUUUAGAUGCGGUACAGCUCCCCACAAUGGUAGCAGUGGUACAUUGCAAGGCUCAUCGAAAGGGAGAUCAAGAUGUGGCCAGAGGUAAUGCUAGGGCGGAUAGGGAAGCUAGGCGAGCUGCUACCCUGGAACCACUAGAAGCUGAAGAUGCCCAUAUGCAUGCCCUCAUCCCAUCAGUGGGGGAGCUCCCGACCCCUCAGUACUCUGGCGAAGAAAGGGAUCUGGCCGACAGACUCGGUCUCCAGGAGAAAGAGGGGUGGUUCCACUCCCUGGAAGGAAAGAUCCUACUACCAAAGAGCCUAAUUCGGUCAGUGCUGCAGAAACUACAUCAAACCACUCAUGCAGGGAGAGAGGCUCUCUCUCAGCUAAUGGGUAUACCAAAGAUUUGCAGCCUCUCCCGCUGGAUGCCCCGAUCCACUCCUUGCAGCCAGGUGAUUCCGUACUCGUCCGGACCUGGAAGGACUAGCCUCUCCAAGAGAAGUGGAAGGGACCCCACACCGUCCUGCUGGUCUCCCAUACAGCAGCAAAGGUUGAGGGACACAAGAACUGGAUCCAUCACUCUCGUCUGAAAGCAGUGCCUGCUCCUGAACGG